ACUGUUGAAGGUGGAGUGUGAUACUGCGAUUGUAACAAAAGAAAAUACUCUGUUAUCAACAGAAUCUCCUGUAAAUCUAUAACCAUUCUAUACUGCUUUGAAUAUGGAAGAGCAAGUUGAUCAAAUUUUGGACAAAGUGAUGGCCACUCCAGGAAAUCUAGGAUGUCUCCUGGCCAACAAUCAAGGACUAUGUAUAGGAGCGAGGGGAAACGCAUCAGAAAAAUCAGCUGGAAUUAUCGUAGCCAUUUCCGAACAAGCAUCUCAGCUGGAUCCGAACUGCAAUGCUCCUGUUGUGUCGAUGGAAGUUGGGGACAAGCUAUGCAUUAUCCAUAAAAACGGUAUCACUGGAGCUGUGUACAAACAAAAAUAAACCUUAAUAAUAAUAUUCAUUGUUUGAAAUUAAA